AUGUAUUCUCAGCUUCAGCACCGCGUUUCGCAGAUACAACAUCAGGCCUAUGCCCCAGGAACAAUGCGCAACCUCCGCUCUCAGUGGAAUUCUUUCCACCGUUUUUGCCAAGAUUUCUCGUUGGUUCCUCUUCCAGCGUCACCUUCGACCAUCUCCUCCUACGCGGUUUUCCUCACUCAGCGGCCCUCUUCAUACCAGUAUAUUCUGGAUCACCUCAACGCAGUCCGAUUGUUACACCUCUCCCAUGGUCUGUCAACUGACUCGUUCACUUGUUUCGAAGUUUCCCUCACCAAGAGAGGUCUCAAGCGCGUUUUGGGUACCGCUUCUCGUCAAGAACAUCCCCUUACGCCCGCGAUUUUACUCGACAUCUACCAUGUUUUGGACAUGAACUGCCCAUCUCACGCCAUGAUAUGGGCUUUGUUCCUGGUGGUUUUCUUUUCCUUUCUGCGCAAGUCUAGCUUGGUCUCGUCCACAGCUUCCACCUUUGACUGCCAACGCGACCUCACUAGGCGCGACAUCAAAUUCACGACCUCUGGAUGUUUCCUCCGCAUUAAAUGGUCCAAGACACGCCAACAUAAGGAAGGCAUCCAUAUUGUCCCUCUGCCCAGCAUUCCACAUUCACCUCUUUGUCCGGUCACCGCCAUCCAUCACUACUUCAGCUUGGUGCCUGCUAGUUCUGACGAUCCGUUCUUCUGCUUUCCUACUGCUACCAGCCUUACUCCUGUCACUGCGUCCUUCUUCACUACGACUCUCGAGAAACUACUUGGCAAACUCGGCCUUGCACCUACGAACUAUUCCCCUCAUAGUUUUCGCCGGGGCGGUGCCACUUUCGCGUUCCAUGCAGGAGCCCCGGAACAUUUGCUCCAACUCCACGGCGACUGGCGCUCUGAUGCUUACAAGCAAUACCUAACACUACCGCUGUGUGCGCGCUCUUCGGUAGCUGACAUUAUGGCCGCAGACCUUUUCAGUCACAAUUGUUGA